AUGCGAGUUUUACCGAACUCAUCUCAGGCCAUUGCGCCGCUAAUUGGUGUCUCGACUAACACUGGUAAUUUCGUUCGAGCCGCUCUCAACAACCGGUCGAGCAGCGGUGCCAAUACGAUCUAUGCAGCCAGUGGCUAUUAUACCUUCGAGCAGGUUGCCUCCGACUUCACGGAAGUUCUCAGGAAGCCCCUAAGAAUUGUCUCUGUUUCAGGGAAAACGUUCAGGUCGUUCCUGUCACCCCCUCUGCCACUGAAUAUCGCUCAAGAGAUUGAAGAGUACUUGGUCUUGCUUGAGGGUGCUGGCUAUUACGCUGGUGCUGACCUGACUGCAAGCCUCGGUCUGUUGUCUGAGAGUCCUGUAACUUGGAAGAAAUUCCUGGUGCAGAACAAGGGCAGUUUGCUUUGA